AUGGACGUCAAGGGUGCAUACCUCAAUGCUGAACUCGAAGAGGAUAUUUUCAUGAAGCAGCCACCCGGGCAGGCCGAACGCGGGAGGGAGCACUGGGUGUGCCACCUGCGACACGCGAUUUAUGGACUCAAGCAGUCGGGCCGCCAGUGGUUCAAGAAGAUUUCCGCCGCACUUGACGAGAUGGGACUCUCGCGCAGCCUUGUUGAUCACUGCGUAUUUUACCUGGAUGAAGACAAUGACUCCAUCACUCUGAUCAUUGCACUCUCCGUUGACGACACAACGAUCGCGGGCACGAACAGUGCAGUACUCUGGUUCAAGACGGAAAUCAGCAAGCACUUUGAGAUGACUGACCUCGGUGAGAUGCACUGGAUCUUGGGCAUCGAGGUAUGCCGUGAUCGAGCCGCUCGAACCCUGUCACUUUCGCAGCGCGCGUACAUCGACGGUAUUGUGGCACGGUUCAACCUCGAAGAUGCCAAGCCGCUCUCCACUCCCCUUGAACCCGGCGCGAUCCUCAGCAUUCGACAAUGCCCCUCGACGCCGCGCGAGUUCGAGGACAUGCGGAACGUACCGUAUCGUGAGGCGAUUGGCUCGCUCAUGUACGCGGCGCUCGGGACGCGGCCAGACAUCGCGUUCGCGGUAACGGCGCUCUCGCAGUUCAUGCAGAACCCGGGACGUGCGCACUGGGAGGCCGCGAAGCGCGUCUUGCGGUACCUGAAGGGUACGCGCGAGAGGUGGCUUACUUACGGGCGGACGCGCGAUGGAGUCGAAGGAUUCUCGGACGCGGAUUGGGGCUCAUCCGAGCACAGGCAUUCUAUCUCGGGGUAUGUCUUCCUCAUUGACGGCGGUGCAGUCUCGUGGUCCGCGAAAAAGCAGCCGGUCAUCGCGCUAUCAAGCACGGAGGCCGAGUACAUCGCGCUCACGCAUGCCGCGAAAGAAGCGAUCUGGGUGCGCUACCUUCUUGCUGACAUUCUCGACCCAGACAUCAAUAAAUUCGCCCUAUGA